AUGCAUGGCACAAGCAAAGGGCCUGACGAUGCACAGAGGAGCUACUCACACGCUCAAAAGCUUAGGGCAGGCACCACCUAUGGCUUCCGUAAGACUGGUCGUCGAGGUAAGGUACCUUGGAACAGAGCAACGGUGCUUGGAAACCCAUCGAUCUCUGAUCUCGUGUCCUCAUACAUGUUGGGUCUGCACAAACGCAAGGUCGCCAAAGGCGAAACUUCAACUAGUGCUCGAGCCAUUGGUCCUGGUAUUCUGAAGCAGCUCUAUCUGCAUAAUCAUAAGCAUGAAAACUGGGAUAACAAUCACCUGUCCCAGGGAAACUGGUGUGGAGGAAACACGCGGCGAUUGCUCCAGGCCGUCUACCUCAUAGCAUUUACAUGCUUACUCUGCAUUGACGAGGUGUUGAACAUUCAGGCCCACGAGGUUGAUCUCUACAAUGAUGAAGUCGAUAACACUGCCUGUGUUUCGAUCACCCUUCCUUUUCAUAAAAAUGCGCAAUUUGGUGACAUACCUCCAUUUGUAUUACGAGAACUGCCAGAACAUAUGGCGCAUCUCUGUCCUAAACCAGAGGUCUUCCUGCAGCUCUUUCGGAAUAACCUGUGGGACUUGGGUAUCACACCAUAUCCCUAUGGUACACAUUCUUUUCGCCGUGGUGGAUGCCAGUGGUUCUCAUGUGAUCUCCAUUGGUCAAUUCGACAAAUCUGUGAGUGGGGUGGUUGGAGCUCGGACUUUUCACAUAUGACAAUUGUCAAGUAUUUGAUUUCAUCAAACGACACUCUGACUCUUCGUCGUGAUGAAUUUUUCAAGCUUGACUGCCAAGUAGUCAAAUGCUGGACCUGUGGACGAACAUGUCCAUGUGCUUAA